UGAAAUGAAAAAAAGAAUCAGACAGAAGUAAAACCAAACUCAGAAACACUGGUCCGACGUUUUCCCGGUGAAGCGAGAGAGGAUUCGAUGUACGGACGAAUCGGGAGUCUCAAGAGAGUACUCGAAAAACCUAGGAAGCAAUCUCACACAUUGCUGCCCUUUCUCUCUUUCUCUACAGAGGACGGUAGUGGUUAUGGCGGUGGCGGUGAGUCUCAGCAGCAGAAUAGCUCCUCGAGGGUGAAGAUCUUCGAUCGAGAUCUCAAGCGCGUACAUCGUGACAGAGCGGCAUGGCUGUCUCGCAAUAAAAACGACACCUUUGUCGACGCUGUUGCUGAGAAUCUUCUUGACCGCUUAGAGGAUUGUAAGAAGAGUUUUCCAUCUGCAUUGUGUUUGGGAGGAUCUCUUGGUGCUGUUCAGCGUUUACUACGUGCUCGCGGUGGGAUUGAAAAGCUUAUCAUGAUGGAUACCUCACAUGACAUGAUUAAAUCAUGUAGAGAUGCUGCUCAACAUGAUGUUUCACUCGGUAACUCCUCCAUCGACACAUCUUACUUGGUUGGUGACGAAGAGUUUCUCCCUAUCAAAGAGAGUUCGGUUGAUUUGAUCAUAAGUUCCUUGGGGCUUCAUUGGACAAACGAUCUUCCAGGUUCCAUGAUACAGUGCAAACUGGCUCUGAAGCCUGAUGGCUUGUUUUUAGCAGCCAUUCUUGGUGGAGAAACCUUAAAGGAGCUGAGAAUAGCAUGCACUUUGGCUCACAUGGAGCGCGAAGGAGGGAUUAGUCCCCGCCUAUCUCCUUUGGCACAGGUUAGGGACGCAGGGAAUCUGUUGACCAGGGCGGGUUUUAGUCUUCCUGGUGUUGACGUUGACGAGUAUGUUGUUAAAUACAAGAGUGCGCUGGAUCUUAUAGAGCAUCUUCGUGCAAUGGGUGAAACCAACGCUCUUCUCCAGAGAAACAAGAUAUUGAAUCGUGAAACUGCUCUUGCCACGGCCGCCAUAUAUGACUCCAUGUUCGCCACUGAAGACGGCACCAUACCUGCUACUUUUCAGGUGAUUUACAUGACGGGGUGGAGAGAACACGCGUCUCAUCCUCAGGCCAAACGCAGAGGUUCUGCCACCGUAUCCUUCACCGAUAUCCAUAAGCAAUUCGGUGGUCAAUAAAGCGACACUUUUACAAAAAAAAAAAAAAAAAAAAGACUCGAGUCAGAAUCAGUGACUUUUUUAAUUGUAGUGUGCAUGCAUAUGCCCUUACUGAGGUGAGAUCUUCUUGUAAACCAUCAUGAUGUCUCGCAUGGAAUAAAUAAUGGACUAUCUGACCAGAUAUGCAGAUACAUAUUUGAGAGGAAGUUGAUUAUUAUAUUGUGCAACAUACAAUUUGUAUUUCAAAAAUGUUUCCAGAUAUUUUAUCAAACACAACAAUACGUGUAUAA